AUGGACAAAUCCGUGCUGGACUUGGAGGAAAUUCUCGGACCUAGAGAUGAGCAACUUUUGCAGAAGCUGUCUGCUUACGAGCCUGCGAUACUCGACGAGGUUACGAACUACCAUCUGAGUCGCGUAGGGUGCACUACAACGGACACUGCAGCGACCCGCCUACUGUCAGUGGCUGUCCAAGUUGCGUUUGAGAAAGCAAUCGAGGAAGCUAAGCUGCUUCUUGCAACAUCCCGAGGCGACGUUCCACCAGGCAGCCGCCGGGCAGAUAGAGGCAGUGGAGCUCAGAGUCGCACGGCCAAUCGCAGAUAUGAUCAUUUGGCGGAGCCCUCUUUUACAGCAGUAGGGUCAGCCUCAGGGCCCGGCGAGGUAAAGGGGCUGGACGUCGAAUCUCUGUGUAAGGCGCUUCAAAGAAACGGCACGCUGCCAUACCCUCGUGGCAAAGUAGGGCACCCGGACUGCAUUGGGCCUAAUGCUUGUAGGGGUCCGACGGAUGACUCACUAAAGCGGCAGAAUGGGGAUCACCGCCUUGCCGUGCCAGGUACGGGCUUGGGAAUUCAGAGACUGUUGAGGAAAGGCCCAACUCUAUUCGAGUUGUUGAGUCAGCAAUCUCCUUUCGCUGAGACCCGAACCAUACAAUGGACCUCUCCCGUCUCGAACUUGCCUGGGACUCCCCCAUAUCCCCCGGAAAUUGGGGCGAACAGCAACAGGACCGGCGGCAGCCUCACCCGUUUUGAAGGCACACUGUGGGACGAGAGGGGAGCCAGCAUCCCACCAACAUCGUUGGUGCAGCUAAGGCUCUCCCCUCUGGAUGACUCAGCUUUGGCUCUAUACCAUAAGGUGUUCAGGGAAUCAAUUCAAGGGACGGCAAAACCUGGCUUCAACUACGUUUUGACGCACUCCGCAAUGAGGUCUCUAGCAGUCACAAACCUCAUCAUAGGGAGUUUGCUACCUGAAGUUGAGAAAAAGCGAGCAUUCGUAAGAAAGAUUGGAAAGGUCGUCGGAAAAAGAAGCGGCUUUGCUGGGCUGUUCGAGUCGUUAGCAUCAGAGUCGAUUUUCACCAUUGCCCAUAGCAUUCUCCACACCGGAGCAAGCUUAGGCCUUUCGCUUCAGCCCAUGCUAACCUCGGGGCUAAGACUUGUCCAAGGCUGCGUAAAAAUGGCGAUGAAGAUUCAGACUAUGGCAGGGCCCGCUCUGCUUUUACCUGGAGGGGUAGUGGGAACCGUUCUUCAGCACUUUCUCCGGGCCUUUAAUCUCAUUUUCUUCCCACCGCUGUUGGCUGUCACCGGGGGCCUUGCCGGAGCAAUGGGGGUGGCAUGCUUAUUGGGGGUGCCAACAGUCCUUUCCGAAAUCUACAACUUUGUAAGCACCAAGGUACUAAGGGGUGUAACUGCAGUCUACAAACAUACUCAGCUUUUUCGACUCCGAAGUGACCCUCACGGGGUUAAGAUUUUGAAGAGUGCCUUUAGCGGCAAAUUUGUCUCAAUGCUUACACAGCUAUGGCAGCUGGAUUCCGUUGGUGUGGAGACACUUGAAAAUUCGGUGCCACACAUGACUACGUUUGCCAGCGAGGUGUUCUCCCAGGGCUUCCUCAAUGGGAUUGUUCACUUUGCUAGGGAAUAUACUUCGCUAAUAGAAGAGGAAUACCUUACAGGUUACGAAGAUGCAACGGCCAAGUGCUAUGAACAAGGUGUUCUGCUGACAGAAACCAAAUUAACUGAUUCCUUAGUUGCGAAUAUCGUAGUCAAGCCGAGGCUGCAAAGGGAUGUUCACAAUUUUACUUCCGGAGUAGUUGGCAUUACAACAUUCUUUCUGCUGCGAAAGCUGCACCGAUGGAGGCCAUGGCCGGCGGAGAAGGCCCCGACGGUCAGCACAACUGUUUUGGGGGCUGCUGCACAGCAACAGUCGGGAGAAGGAAAACGCGAAGACUUGUCCCUAGUGACGCAGCGAUUGGAAGCGCUUGCUGAGGUGGAAAUGCCACCAGAGUUGGCGAUGGCUGCUCCAGAACUCAAGAUAGUUGAAGACAAGCCCGUCACGUCGACAGAAGCUACUCUUUUGGGGACGUAUGCGGUCAAGAGAGAUCAACUAAUGAUGUCUCUCUUGCGACGAUCUCUACAGAAGCUUAUCGGGGCCCUUGACAGCCUUUUUGGACGCCUAGAAAAGAUGGUUAAGGCUACCAUAGGACGAGACAGGGUCCAUACGUGCAAAUUGGCCGAUCGGAAACUGUGCUUCAACACCGAUGAAGCGACUAAAGCAAGAUUUGCUGUCUUGCAGUUUGUACUGGCUGCUCAUCUUGGCGUCUCCAUUGGAACUGAUGAGAAACUGGUUGAAUCUCCACAGGACUUAAAGGAUGAUUUUAUGCUCUUUGUUAAAGAUGCAGCGUGGUUUCGCUAUCGUUCCCGUACCUUAGGAGGUCUUCGAAGGAGAACUCGGUGGGGUCUUGACAUCCUAGUAGAUCACUUGUUUCCCCAGCGCAAGGAAGAAGACAAAAAAGAAGACCCUGUUUCAAAGGAACACUUGACAACAAUUGAACUAGCAGUGACCUCCAAUCAGGUCGCAGCAAGCAGAGCUGUUAGGAAGCUAUUUAAGCUGACUCGCCUCCAGUGCCUCAACAACGGCGCACUUUUUGUGCUGACCACGGAUUCGGGAAAUACCAAAGUGUUUAGGCCAGAACCUCCCAUCACGCUUGAGAUGCAAAAGAAAUUGUGCACGCCGGAACAUGAAUUCAUCAAAUUCAGCGCUACGUACAAGCAAGAAGACGUGGGAGGCCACUUGCUAGUACCAGGCCAUGCGGACAUUAACGGAUUCAUGGUCGACUCUGGAAUUAUCUUGAGGGCAAAGCAUAACGACGAAAGUGCUGCGUACCUUAUAGAAGCAGCCCUUUGGGCUAAAGGCAUUCCUCGCAUCGAUGCACUCAUGGCAGCAGACCUCCUUGUGGCGACGAAAAGAAUGCUUUACACCGAUAGGAGCUGGGAGGAGUUUUUCAAUGAUUGGACCCCAACAGAUCUGGAUUAUGUGCAGCACCAUCUUUCUUCGGGAAUGCACCUUGACAGGGAGAAAUACGUGGUCGAAGAGCGAAAAGCUCUGUAUUCCCUUGAUUUGUCGGCCGAUGGGCUCCUCGAACUGCUGGUUAGGUCGCUUGAAUCAACUUUUAUCACGGCAGGGAGCUUAAAUGCUGGCCUGUCGGAUUUGGCACUGAUUUUCCCUGCCACUGUUGGACUGGAGGCCUUGAACAUGGCGGAGAAGAAUGUCACUGGUCUGACGAGCAUGUUAGGAAGGUUCCAGGUACUGUUGUGGGACGAAUAUGCGGCAAAAAAACAGCGGAGCAAAACCACUCCAGUACUGUACCACCUCCAAAGCUCGGUAGACUCUGCAGCGCCGCCUCAGCUCGCGAGGAACGGCUUUCUCAGGCCUUCAAUCAGUGACGCCUUUGCUCACGAGGAGGGAACUACUGACCCCCUCUAUGCCGACUGGUGCGAAGAAUUAUAUUCGCAAGCUAGCAACAGCCUUGACGAACCUGGCGCCGCCAACUUAGCUGCUCAAGAUGCCGGCACCAUCCAAUGUGCACUACUUCGCUUCCUGGGAAAGCGCCAGCAGGGGGAACCGACUGAGAAGGAGAAGAAUGCUGUGUUCAAGUAUCUGCACAAUGUGACCGAGCUUCUUCGCAAGGCAAAGAAAACCAAUAGCGUUUUCAAUAUUCUGCGAGGUUCAGAAUUCCUUCGAACACUGCACUUAGCUGCGGUGGAGGCCUUUGCUGACCAAGCUUUGUUUCCUAGCAGAGUACUCCUUCACCCCACUACCCUAGCUGCUUUUACACGCAUCCGCACCCUGAUGAAGUUUGAAGUAGUUCCGAUGAUGGGUCGGCCUGGAGGAGCGGAGGUCAUCACGCAGAUUAAAAUGAUGCCAACACCGUCUCCUGCGAUGAGAAGGCUAAUAAAACGGCUCGAAGCUCAGCUGAAAACAGCCAAAACGAAGUUCGGCUCAUCAUACAGGCGUCAUAUAAGGCAUUGUGCGGGAUACCUUUCGCUCAUUAAUAUUGCAUCGUCCGCUCCAGCGUUUGUUGGCUCUCAUCUGCCCCGCCUAUUUUCUCGUUUCGUUUCCCUCGUGGACCAGCCCACAUCAGCAAGCAGGGGAGAGUACCUCAUUACCCGUCGAAGCCUUGCGUAUUUGGAACAGGCAGGAAUGAAGCUGGUCCUCAAAGCUGGCGAUGCAGUGGCUUUGCUGGAAAAAUCCUCAAUGGAUCCACCAGUGGAACUACCUGUCCACCGGACCCUCGGACUGCUGAGCAACAUUGCGCCCGAGAGCCUUCCGCUGGCUACCGCGCUUGCAAAUCCGAAUCAUGAAAGAAGGCGGGAAGCAGCUUUGAAGCAGAUGGAAGAGCUGCGCGAGGUGUUGACUACAGCUGAACUCCCCCUGUACUUCCAAAUUGACCAGGAGGCAACCUCUUCAGAGCUUGAUUUCCACGACUUCGAGUCGCUCAUUAGUGCAGCAAAAAAUGUGCAACCUCGCAGGGAAGAUAGCCGGCAAACGGAGCUGACUGCUGGCUUCCUGCUGCACGCGCCGUUGAUGAAAGCAUUGGAAAUUAUGGGUUUGGUAACUGAGACUGUGGGAGAUGACUUUAUUGCCUCUCCCUUGCAGUGCACUCCAGAAGAUAAGAGCUCAGGGACCUCGUACACCAUACCAGUCAACGGAGCAAGCCGCCUGCGCAUGAUAACGUCGAUGCUAACCCAGCUGGGGGACGCAGAGGAUGUAAUGGAACGCCUAGAGGCAUCCAACAUGGCUGCUGUGAGCACGCGAGAGGGAUCUACGGAGAAUUUCGUAACAACAACUGCUUAUACUGAAGAGCCGACACAAUCCAGUGCGCAUGAUGGAAGCUCAGAGGAAUUCGAAGAACAAUCACAAACAAAGAAUAUGCAAAUGCCGGAACAAACUGAAUCAUAUGGCAACGCAUCUUUCGAGAAAACAGACACUUCAACACAGGAGCUCACAGCUGACAGUGAACAGUGGACUGACCCACUUCAGUUCAAUGUGAAUACCGCACAUUCCGGAACCUCUAGCGCAUCUUCGGAGUUAGAAGGGAGGGAACCAGUGCGGAAAUACGCUGGCGAUCAUGCUUUGGAGAUGGCCAUCAAGGCAGAUGAAGAAGGUCUGCGUAACGCGAAGGCUGCUGUUCAACAUUUUACGCAGCAGCUUUCGUUAUUUGAGGCUCAUUCAUCGGCAUUUACCUCUAUUUUCCACACCAUAGUUUCAGUUGCACAACUUCCAUCUCGCCUUUUUAACUCAGUAUCCACCCGAUUCGUUGACCACCUGGCUACUGCUGUCCUUAGCAUGCCGUGGAAAACGCAGCGAAGGUGGGUGCAGCGUUUAAGGCGGCUAGACAGAAACAAACUAAGCAGAAAACAGGCACUUCGCCGACCUGUUGAUGAGGGCCGAGCAAUAUAUGUAGCAACGGAAGCAAGCGGUAAAAGGACCCCUUUCUCGACUUUGUUUUUGCCCUCCUCGGUAAAGGAGGCCCUGAACGACAUCCGCAAGAAGUGGAAACGCCUAUUGAGAACAGAAUAUUUAGCCGUCAGAAGUGCUGCAUGCAAACAAGAUGCGGAUCUUUGGCUGAAAGAUGAACUUGAGGCGCGUGAUCAGGCAUUUGCUGAAGCAGCAGAAAAAGGAGAAGCCGCAAAUCCCGUGGCCGCACCUGAACAGUUCGAAAAAAAUCACGAGGCCCGACAGCAACUGUGCGUCCAUCCACUCUGGCUUGAGCUCCGCUCUAGGCUAUUGGUGGAACAAGACAUGCUGGAAGCCGAACGACUUUUCUCUUACUUUGUCCGCAUGGGGAUCGAGAACGCCAAGUUAGUCCAGCGAUCUGCAGACCAAGCUCUAGUGGAUCACCUGUGGGACCAGCUCGUAGAGAUGCGCCUGCUGGGGAUUACAGCUUCCUCCGAGGCCUCUGCAGCUGCCCGGGGGCGGCUGCAGAAGGCAGUGGAAAGAGUCAGCAAGAAGCGGCCAUUUAUGGCAAUCGAAACUGUGCGUGAAUUGGUCACUGGAUUCCUGGAACAGCUGCUGCAAACGCCAAACAUGGCCAAAGAGGGGCUUCACGAAAAGCUGGAGCAGCUACAGAUAAGGGCCGUACAACUCGCCGCAACUUUCCUUCUCAGCAAAGCAGCCGGAGCUGAACAAGAUGAUGCGGAAGAGGCCAUCAGAAACCUAGUUCGAACCCAAAUGACUGAAGAAGUCACUUCAGAAUUCACUCCUGGAGAGGGCCCCGGCGUAUCAAAUCUGCAGGCCUGGUUAGUCCAGAUGUACUUCUUCGCAGAUCCGCUCUCGCUGCUUUCGCGACCCUCGAUUUUUAAACCUGCCGUUGUGCUCAUCGAAAUUCUCAACAAAGCGGCACACCCGCGUUCCCCUGUGUACACUAUCUGGCGCAAGGCUCUGAAAUCCACUCGUCAACUAGGAAGUGCUUCCCUAGAGCUUUUGCUGCGCCUCCCCCGUGCCUACGUCCGCUACCCGCAGAAGACGGAAUAG